AUGUCUUACUCCCUGUUGACCCUGUAUGUUUUUAGCAAUGAUGAGGAUGAAGAGCUGUACUCCACUGAUCCAGAGAGUAAAGAGAAGAGCAAAGACAAAAAGACACUGUGCAAAGUCAAGUGGUCACGAGAUGAGGAUGAAAAGCUGAAAAAACUUGUUGAGCAACAUGGAACUGACUCCUGGAAAUUAAUUGCUAACUUUUUCCCAGGGAGGACAGAUGGUCAGUGUCAGCACCGCUGGCAGAAGGUGCUCAACCCAGAGCUCGUGAAAGGUCCCUGGACAAAAGAGGAGGAUCAGAAGGUUAUUGACCUUGUGCACAAGUAUGGCCCCAAGCGCUGGUCAGUGAUUGCAAAGCAUCUUCAGGGAAGGAUUGGAAAGCAGUGUCGUGAACGGUGGCACAAUCACCUCAACCCAGAGGUGAAGAAGUCUUCAUGGACGCAGGAGGAGGAUCGAAUCAUCUAUGAAGCCCACAAACGGCUUGGCAACCGCUGGGCAGAGAUCUCCAAGCUUCUUCCUGGACGGACAGACAACUCCAUCAAGAACCACUGGAAUUCCACCAUGAGGAGAAAGGUGGAGCACGAGGGGUACCUGCAAGAUGGCUGCAAGACUUUUACUUCCUCUACAGGUGUGAAGAGACGCCACAACAGACCGUGUCCUCCAACUCCAACAGAGCCACAGCACUGUGAACGCAGUCCUCUGCCUAUGACAGGCCCCAACCAGAUGGCUGGUUAUCCCUAUGAUCCUCACAGUGGACACAUGAUGGACAGUCUGCCUGAAAAUUCAGGGUUCUUAUCACCAUCCUGCCUGGAUGAUCCUGACAGAGAGCAAAGAAUUAAGGAGCUUGAGCUGCUGCUUAUGUCAGCAGAGAAUGAAGUCCAACGACAAAUGCAGUGCAGAGGUUCAUGUAGUUUGGAGCCGUACCCAGCCUGGUCAGACAGUGUGUCAGAUGACACUCUGACCACAAGUAGCAGCAACCUGGAGGAGCCAGCAGAGAGAAGACCGUGGAGGGGCCCAGAGAUCCCACAGGGACCCCCAGCACAGCUUCCUGUCUCCCCCAGCAAGUUCCUGGCUGCAGAGGCCAGCACUGUGCUCUCCACCCUGCAGACCAUACCAGAGUUUGCAGAGACCAUGGAGCUCAUUGAUUCAGACCCUGUUGCAUGGAGCGAUGUGGCCAGUUUUGAUUUGUCAGAGACAGCGACACCUUCCCGGCACAACCAGGCAGGCUACGCCACUCUUUUGCAAGAGAGGACAGUUUAUGAUUCAAUGGGCUACACAGUCAACCCUCCGUCUGCCGUCUCAGGCCAUGACAGGAACUGUGCUCAGUUUGAUCCUGGAGAUGUUUCCUCCCUGACUCCCAUCAAUUCAUCCAAACCCACCCAGGCAUCCACUGGAAGGAGAAGGAGAAGAGAGAGGGGGGAACUGUCUCCUUUGUGUGACAGGACUUGCUCCUCUUUUUUGGAAAACAUCUCAAACUCUCCCAAGAAAACGCCCACAAAGUCACUGCCAUUUACGCCGUCACGAUUUUGCAACAUAUCAGGAACUGAGCAUCUGAAUCUGGAUAACCCUGCCCUCACCUCAACUCCUGUGUGUGGUCAAAGGUGCCUCCUCAACACACCCCUCCAGAAAGAAACCACACCUAAGCACCAGAAAGAGAAUGAUGGUUCCAGGACUCCCAAAUUCCGUAAAACCAUCACGAUUCCAACACCGAGGACACCAACGCCCUUCAAAAAUGCUUUGGCUGCACAGGAGAAAAUGCACGGGCCUCUGAAGAUGGAGCCACAGCCACUGGCAUUUCUAGAAGAAGACAUUCGGGAGGUCCUGAAGCAGGAAACUGGAACAGACAUCUUCAACAGAACAGACAUCCAUCCAGACUACAGAGCAUGGAAACAGAAUAUGGAUGGUCCAGCCAGAAAAGUGCGCAAGUCGCUUGUACUAGACCCGUGGGACAAAGACAGUCUCAAUGUGCAACUCUUCCAAGAGCAGCUCAACGAUACACAGGUUACGGAUGAAAGUCUGAUAACAAGCUCUUCGCUGGUGACUUCGAUCCCUGAGCAAGAGGAGUGUAGCCGCUCUUUGACUACAGGGAAAGAGGAGUCCUCAUUAGGAGUCUCCAUUCAUCCUCAGCGCUUUACCAGCCCCCGGGUGAAGAGGCUUCCGUCCUUCCACAAAGCAUCCAAACACACCACCACACAGGUGAGUGAGUGGGAAGCAGUGGUUUACGGGAAGACAGAGGACCAGCUGAUCAUGACAGAACAGGCUCGUCAGUACCUGAAUCCCUACCCGUCGUCCGGCUCUACCUCAAGGGCCCUCGUGCUUUAA